AUGAUGUUGUUCAUCAGCUAUUUAUUCUAUUUCAUUCUAUUAUAUAAAAUAACUGCGUCUCCUCAAAUUAAUCUUCAUCUCACCGAUUGGAUAAAUGCCAAUGAAAGUCAUAUUGUUCUACAACAUGAUUGUCUUCAUCUUGCGGCUUGGAUUGAUGAAGAAAAUGAUCCUUAUCAGAUCAUUUCUUAUUGUAUGAGUGAAUGCCCAUCAAAAUGGUAUAUUCAAAAAAAUAAUCAAGAUCAAAAUUUUGCUUUUGCUGAACUCUACAAAUUAAAUAUUACUAGUGAACAAUUAUAUCUUUGGUCGGCACCAAUGGAUGUUAUUGAACGUUAUCAAUUUUAUUUAAAUCUAUUGUUAACUUCAAAUUCAUUAUCAUCAUUAAUGGCAGCACAUAUAUUCUAUAAUUGUACAUCACCCAGAUUUGGUCCAUUGUGUCAAUAUUCAUUAGAUGCUUACAAGUCUCAUCAUUUAACGUUAAACGAGAUUAUUCAUGAAUUUUAUUUACACGAAUAUGAACCAAUAACAUUGACAUGUUACACUCAUUUACAAUGCGAUCGUGGUUCAAUAUAUGCAUGUCUUGAUUGGAGUGAAAUAUGUGACGGAAUCAUUGAUUGUCGAAAUGGAGUUGAUGAAGAACCUUGUUGGCAAAUGGAAAUAAAUGAAUGUGAAGAUAAUGAAGAUCGAUGUCGAAAUGGACAAUGCAUACCUACGCCAUUCUUUCAUGAUGAUCCUAAUGUUUUUGAAUGUCUUGAUCAAUCAGACGAAAGGUUGUUGUCUCAGCAACGAUUAUCUAUAACUAUGAAUGAUGAGCCUACAUUUACAAAGGAAGAUGUUGCAUGUUCUAUACGUCAGUUGAAUUCCAACAUGAAGCUAACAAGUUCAUGUGUGUUGCAACGCACCGAUUUACUACAGCAGUUCAUGUUCUCUGAGAAGCCAAGCAUCAUAUCGAAUGAUUGUUGGUUAGCUAUUAAAUGCCACUUGGAUAUUUCACACACAGUAUCAGAUCUAAAAUGUCGUGAUGUUUUUUCUUUCAAAAAAAUAUGGAAAGAAAUAAUUAACGAGACAUGUCCCGAUAUGCUGUAUGUGCCAGCUGGUUCCGUUGCUUUUGGACAUAUGUACUUUCUAUAUACAAAAGAGGGCAUAUUAAGAUCUAAUGCGAGAGUACUACCACCAGAAUAUGUCUGCUACAAUGAUAGACUUUGCGGUGGAUUCUAUUCGAACCGAACAUUAUUGUCAAUCGGUAAUAAUACAUGCCGCCGUCCUACAGAUUUUCCAUUAACUUUUAAGUCGCUCGGUCUCAGCAGAGGCUACUGGCGCAGUAUAUAUGUCUUACCUAUAUAUGAACAGCUUCAUCAAUGCAACACAGUUGCGCAUAGUGGUUCUACAAGUUGUAACAGUUUAAUCGGGUACAGAUGCCUCAAUUCCUCAAAAUGUAUUUCCAAGCAUCGCCUUUGUGACGGUAUGAACGAUUGCGAUUAUAAAGAUGACGAACAAUGUUCUUCGGUUAAUGAUUCUUGUUCGAAAUAUGGAUCAAAAAAUCAUUUCAAAUGUACUACGAGAAAUCUUUGUAUUCCUCCGACAUUGAUUGAAAAUGGUCGGUGCGAUUGCGGAUAUAAUGACUAUAAUCUCUGUGAUGACGAAGGACUAAAUCUUCAUUAUCCCAAAAAACAUAUAUCAUUUCCAACAAUUUGUGAUGGUUUUACAGAACUAAUACCUGUUACUAUCGAUGAACGAAAUGAAACCGACGAAACUGAAUGUGAACAUUGGCAGUGUAAUAACACUUACACUCGAUGUGACGGAUUUUGGAAUUGUUUCAAUGGAGCAGAUGAAGUAGAUUGUGAUCAAUCACCAAUAUUGAAAUGUCCGCUUCAUCAUCACAUCUGUGUCUCACCUGAAACAUAUCAAUUCAUGUGUUUGCCUCUUACAAAAGCCAAUGACGGUAAUAUUGAUUGCUUUGGUGCUACUGAUGAACCACAACUAUGUCGAUCAAAUACUUAUGAACUCAGCAAUGUUAACAUUUAUUGCACCAUUGGUGAACAUGAAUAUUGUACUUCUUAUAUAUUUGUAUGCUUCGAUAGAACAUGCAAUUAUACAGAUUAUGAUAAAAUUUGUGACAACACUCUGAACAACAUUGACUCUCAUGUUAUAUGUAAUGACGAAUAUACAACUGUUCGUUCUGAUAUUGCAAAUUAUUUUUGUGGACGUCUAAUAGAUUUGAGUAGGCAAUCCAUUGUAGCAUAUUUUUCAUUUAAUAGGAUUAACCAUUCAAUCGAACAAACAAUGAAACAAAACACAAAAAUAAUAAGUUCAAAUUCAAAUUCAUAUAUCACUCGGCAAGUUGCUCUUCAACAUCAACAACGUUGUCAUCGUGGUCUUGUUCUUACAGUUUGGCUAGAUUAUAAAAGAAACUUAACGACUAAAACAUGUCUUUGUCCACCUAGUUUUUAUGGAGAUAUGUGCCAAUAUCAAAAUCAACGAAUUAGUCUCACUUUACAAUUUCAAGCAUACUCUGAUUCUCGACAAAUUCUAUUUGCUGUCAUUGUCUCACUCAUUGAUGAUAGUGAUGAACGAAUCAUUCAUUCACACCAACAAUUUAGUUACUUGUAUGUACGAGAUUGUAAAAUUAAAUUCAACAUGUAUUUACUAUACUUAACUCGACCAAAAGAUGAAAAAAAACAUUAUUCAAUACAUAUUGAUAUAUAUGAAAAAGUAUCACUCGCAUAUCGAGGAAGUUUUUUAAUACCACUUAAAUUUCCUUUUUUACCUGUACAUCGUGUCGCUGUACAACUCAACAUUCCCCAUACAACUAAUAUUGUGGAACGUUGUUCAAAUCAACAAUGUGUUCAUGGUCAAUGCAUUAAAUAUUCAAACAAUCCAAAAGGUAUUACUUUUUGUCAUUGUUAUCGAGGAUGGUCUGGACGAUAUUGUACUAUCCCUCAUAACUGCACAUGUUUGCUUGACUCAUUAUGUAUUGGUAUCUUAGCGAACAACAGAUCUUUGUGUGUUUGUCCUUUGAAUAAGUGGGGUUCUCAAUGUCUAUUUCAAAAUACAAUAUGUCAAUCUAAUCAAAAUACCAUAUGUUACAAUGGUGGUCAAUGUAUACCUACUGAUGAGCAUAUAGUAUCGAACAAGAAAUUUAAAUGUAUCUGUAAAAAAGGUUUCACUGGAGACAGAUGUGAAAUAGCUGAUAAUAAGAUCAUUUUAUCAUUUUAUCAAGAUAUUAUUUUACCAGACUCGUUACUUGUUCAUUUUAUUCAGGUAAUUGAUGGUGCUUCACCGACAAAUGGCAGUACUUUCAAAAAGAUUCCUAUCAAUCAAAACACAGUGAUAAUUAAUUGGUCAUAUCCAUUCCAUAUUGCUUUUAUCCAGCUUUUCAAUAAAUAUUACUAUUUAAUUAUUGUUCAAAAGAAAUACCAUCAAUCGGCAACUAUAGUUCGAGAAAUUCAACCAUCAGAUCGUUGUCCACAUUUAAAUGAAGUAUUAAAUGAGACAAUUGUUAAAUUUCAUCCUCUUCGUCGUAUUAAAUAUUAUCAUUUACCAUGUCAAAAACAUUCAUCACUAUUGUCUUGUUUUUAUGAUGAUAAUCAUUUUUGUUUAUGUAACUAUUAUGGACAGCAACGGAUAGCUAAUUGUUUUGAAUUUAAUUCUACAAAGAAAUUCGAUUGUCUUGGUCAAAGUACUUGUGAAAAUGGAGCACAAUGUUUACAAGAUAGAUCAACAUGUCCACAAACAUCGACAUGUAUUUGUCCGGCAUGUUUUUAUGGAGCACGCUGUCAAUUUAGUUCCAUUGGAUUUGGUCUUUCACUUGAUGCAAUUUUAGGUUAUCAUAUUCAACCACAUAUUAUUAUCAGGCAUCAAACUUUUGUUGUACAAUUAAGCCUCGUAUUAACAAUUAUUAUGACUGUGACAGGGUUGAUCAAUAGUGCUCUGUUGAUAAUUGCAAUUAAUAACAAGGAAUCAUGUAAAAUUGGUUGUGGUAUUUAUCUAAUAAGUACAGCGAUUACUACUUUAUUUACAAUGAUUAUGUUUGCAUUGAAAUUUUCGAUACUUAUCAUUGCACAAAUGACAUAUAUUACGAAUCGUGUAUUCCUACAAUUACAAUGUUCUUCAAUAGAUUUUUUGCUUCAAAUCGGUAUUAAUAUGAAUCAAUGGUUGUCAGCAUGUAUAGCUAUAGAACGAAUAGUUACUGCAAUAAAAGGACUCGGUUUUGACAGGAAGAAGAGUAAACAAAUGACUAAAUAUAUUAUUUUUAUUCUUCUAAUUUUGAAUAUUAGUACAACUAUUCAUGAUCUUAUUCAUCGACGUUUGAUAAAAGAUGAUGAUGAUGAUGAUAGCGAGAAAAGAAUUUGGUGUGUUGUUACUUAUUCAUCUAGUCUUCAAACGUUUAAUGCAGCGAUGAAUAUAUUUCAUUUUUUCACUCCAUUUACUAUUAAUUUGAUUUCGGGUCCGAUCAUUAUUGUAUUGACUGCUCGACAGCGAAGAGCUGUUCACCCUCAUGAAAGUUAUCGAAAAAUAUUACAUAAGCAAUUGCAAACAUACAGUCACUUACUAAUUAGUCCAAUUGUUUUGGUCAUUUUAGCUAUGCCACGUUUGAUCAUUUCUUUAAUUUCACGUUGUAUGAAGUCAAUUAAUGAUCCAUGGUUAUUUUUGAUUGGAUAUUUUAUUUCAUUCAUGCCACCUAUGCUUACUUUCGUUGUGUAUGUCCUUCCAUCAACAAUAUACAAACAAGAAUUUUGGAAAGCUUAUAAACGAUAUAAAAACGCAAUAAAAACACGAUUACAUAUCACUUCAUAG